AUGAAGACCAUGCUCUCCACCAUUGCUCUCGUAAUCCUGGCCGUCAGUCUGGCCACUGAGGCAGUGCAGGUCCAAGAGGGUGAAUUUUCCUUCUCACUAGAGGCUGUCAGGAAGCUCCAGGAGCUGACUGGAAAACAAAACCCACGGCUCAGGAGCAGUGCUGUGUCUGUCUGUGCCGAUCCCACCCUGCCACAGGAGAUCCUGCCCCUCUGCCAGCAGAAAGGAGCCAACAUGGCUCUCUCCAGACUGGCAAUGGUGCCCCUGGAUGUCUGUGAGAUCUGCGCCUUUGCUGCCUGCACAGGUUGCUAAACAAACCCAGCGAACACAGAGGGGAACAGGAAACCACCUUGCCAAGCUUCAGACU